AGACGGACGGACGGACAGGUGGCGCCACAUCGUCGUGUGUUUAGCCCCGCCCCCCCCCUCCCCCGGGCUGCUCAGUCAGGGAAUCAAAGGACGCAGACAUGACAGAGGAGAAGCUGCACGGUGAGGGGGCUCUGGGGAGGGCGGAGCAGCUGGAGGAGGUCAGCAGGAUGCUGAUCAUCAGGGAGGAGCAGCUGUUCAGUCAGGACUCCCCCAGUGAGGAGGAGGAGGAUCUGCUGCAGAGAGACUUUGAAGCUCUGAGAUUGCAGCUGUGGAUGUCUGUCCACAACACUUUCUCCUCCUGCUCCUUCUCUUCCUCUUCUUCCUCCUCCUCCCUCCAGCUGAAGGUCCUGAGGAGUGCUGUGGCCUCCAUCCAGCAGCAGGAGGUGCAGGACCGUCGCUGGACCGGCUGUCCGGAGGAGCAGGUCCCGGUGUGGCGCCCUCAGAAGUGUCUCAGCACUCACAACUCUCUGCUGCAGAACAUGGUGCGGGACAGACUGCGGGAGGCGGCGGAGGACGGCUGCAGAGACACCGGCGGGCUGUCGACUCCUCUGAAGAGAGAGGUGUGUCGUAUGGGGAAGUGUGUGAAGGAGGACCUGCUGGCGGUGGCGAAGACGGUGCAGGACUGUUACCCUCCACAGAUGGACAUCCUGAACUUUUAUUCUGGACUCUUUCAUCAGAACUUCUCUGCCCGGCUGACUGAACUCGCUGCUUCUGGACUGGAAGCAGACGACUGCAGCUACCUGCUGCUCUGGACCAACCACCUGUAUCCACAUGAAAUAUUAAACCAUGAAGAACUGGAGGGAAAGAUAAAGACGAGCUGUCUGGGUUCUCUGCUGCUGCAGGUCCAUCUGACCCGACUGGAGGACCAGUACUUGACCCACAGACAGGACAAAGUAAAGUUGUGGCUGAACACAGCUCUGAGGAAAGAAGAGGAGAGAUGGCUGAGCGGUCGUAAACCAGAACUCAUCGAUGAGUACUGCUUCAGUCCACUAGCUAUUGACGUCAUACAGGUAUUAGACAGCUCCCUGACUGAGCUCAGCUGUGUGAUCAGAGAGCAGAGCAAUGCUCAGAGGAUCACAGCUCACCUGGAGAACUUCCUCAGCAGCUAUAAGAAGCGUGUGGAGAGGUUUGUGAAGGGGAACCACAGUAACGUCCUCUCAGUGAUCAAAGCUCAGCUGGUCUGUGAGCAGCAGUUCAGGGAUUACAUCACAGGUCAAACCAGAAGUCUGUUGGAGCAGCAGAAACGUCGCUGUCUGGACACUCUGGCGGCUCUGAAAGAUUGUGGGUACAAGUGUUUCACCUGUCCCAUUCACAUGCAGCUGAAGGUGUGUUUCAGUCAGUUGUGGACUUCAGUCUGGUUGGACGGGUCACUUCCUGUCGUCGACUCUCUGCUGGACUCUCUGAACCAACACCUGACCGACCUGACUGACCUAAAACCAGCCUGCAGACAGUCCCUGCUGUGUGUCCUGCACCAGGAUCUAGUUCUACAGUAUGUGAAGAGGAUGAUGAAGACCAGGAUGAAAAGCAGAGAGCAGCAGGUGGGCGGAGCUCAGAGGAUGACUGAAGACGCCCGAAAGAUCAACGACUUCUUCACCGAGGGGGGCUGCACUGAGUCUCUGUGGCUUGGUGAGAUGCUCUGCAGCGUCGCUGAGGUUCUCCGUCUGCAGGAUCCUGAUAGUGUUCAGCUGGAGGUCGUCAGUCUGGCCAGAUCGUUUCCUGACCUCAGUGACGCUCACGUGUCGGCGCUCCUGUCUCUGAAAACUGGCCUAUCAGCUGCCGACGUUCGGUCUGUCCGGCGGAGCGUGGAGGAGAACCGCCUCCUCGAUGUGUCCACCAAUCAGAGCCCUGCGUUCUUCUCCAUGGUCAAAGUGAAAUGGAUCAAUAAUAAGAUAAAGAGCUGAAAAGCUUCUGCCUGUUGGAGAGCUGGUGCUCAGUAACAGUGCUGGAUGUGUCUUCAGUCUCAGUGUGUUGCUUGUCAUUUUAUUUUGAAGGUUGUAUGGUUUCGCUGCAUAUUGAGGACAGAAAGCUAAAGUUUAGUACGAGGCUUCACGUGUCAGGCCUGCAGCUCAGAUUAGACCUGGUUCUUCUCUCGAUCCACAUCAGGUCAGUUUACAAGCUCAUUUUGAGCUAAUUAAAGCGGAAUCAUUGUCUGAUGUUAGGCGGUGGGUUCCCAGAUUGCAUUUUGCGCCUCUUUAGUCCUUUUUUUUACCUGCAUUACACUAAAGCUUGAAUGUGAUUGGUCAAUACUCUGGUUCCGUUGCCUCCAUAGAGACCAACACCAAUAGUGCGGACUCUCCCACGCUUUGUGUAAAAGUUCUCCUGGAGGUAGCGAUUUAUACAAACUCCUCAAACACUAAGUUAAGGUUUCCAUAUAAUAAAAUCAGUUGCUCUAAACACCCUUAAGAUUUCCUUUAGUAUUUAAGGAUUUCUCCUUAUCUUGGUGUUAUCCUGAAGGAAUCUCUUAACAUUGAACCUGAAGCCCUGAGCAGCCUCUGAGUCUCUCUUCUCCUCCACCUCAAAGCACGAGACCUUUCUUCACUCUUCAGUUCACUGCCAUGUGACGGUCACUUCCUGGAAGCUGGAACGUGUUGAGUUUGUUGGAUGUCUGUUAUCAUGUCUCUGGUUGUUGUUUUUUUGUUGCAGUUUCCUCCCACGUGUUGUUUUGUGUUUGCUGUCAUUUGUUGGUAUUAAAAUGAGUUUCUCGUCUUC